GGACGUCAACGAUCACGUGACUAAGGCAAAUCAAGCACAUUGCUUUAGUAAACACUGCUUCGAGUUGUUCAACACAACCCCAAAGCGUUAUUGUUCAAUCACUAGCAGUUACAUUUAACUUUAUGUUCGUACGCCAUAAAUCCUUUUAAAAGCAUGGCGCAUCAACGGGGAGUCAACAGUCUGCAGUUCAAUCAAGACCAAAGUUGUUUCUGUUGUGCCAUGGAGACUGGAGUUCGAAUUUACAAUGUGGAACCCCUAAUGGAAAAAGGACACCUAGACCAUGAACAGGUUGGCAGCAUUAAUCAUUGUUCAAUGCUACAUCGGUCAAACCUCUUGGCUGUGGUGGGUGGCGGCGUUAACCCCAAGUUUUCAGAGAUAUCUGUGUUAAUCUGGGAUGAUGCUCAAGAGGCCAGAGAUGCCAAGGAUAAAUUAGUCCUAGAGUUCACAUUCACAAAGCCAGUUUUGGCGGUGCGCAUGAGGCACGACAAAAUCAUCAUUGUCUUGAAGAACAGGAUAUAUGUAUAUAGUUUCCCAGACAACCCUGUGAAACUCUUUGAAUUUGACACUCGAGAUAAUCCAAAAGGACUAUGCAAUGUGUGUCCCAGUAUGGAAAAGCAAUUAUUGGUUUUCCCUGGACACAAGUGUGGUAGUUUACAGUUGGUGGAACUUUCUAACACAAAACCUGGUACGUCAUCUGCACCAUUCACUAUCAAUGCUCAUCAGAGUGAAAUAGCUUGUUUGGCUUUGAACCAGCCUGGCAGUGUGGUAGCCUCUGCAUCACAGAAGGGUACUUUGAUUCGUCUCUUUGACACUACUACACGGGAUAAACUAGUGGAGCUACGAAGAGGAACUGAUCCUGCCACAUUAUAUUGCAUCAACUUCAGCCAUGACUCAUCCUUCCUGUGUGCUUCAAGUGACAAAGGCACUGUUCACAUUUUUGCACUGAAGGAUACAAGACUGAAUCGACGCUCUGCUUUGGCUCGGGUAGGAAAAGUCGGACCAGUCAUUGGACAAUAUGUAGACAGUCAGUGGUCUUUGGCCAGUUUUACUGUGCCAGCUGAAUGUGCUUGCAUUUGUGCCUUUGGGAAGAACACUUCCAAAAAUGUCAACUCUGUCAUUGCUAUAUGUGUUGAUGGAACAUUCCAUAAAUAUGUCUUCACUUAUGAUGGAAACUGUAAUCGGGAGGCUUUUGAUGUCUAUCUUGACAUCUGUGAUGAUGAUGAUUUCUAAGGAUGAAGUUUCAGUUCAAAUCUUUGAGUUUAUAUGAAAAAGGGGGAAAUGGGCUUUGUGAAGUUUAAGUACACUUGUGGAUUCAAAUUUCACAUCUGUUUGUGUAUUAUCCCUAGUCUAGCCAGUAUUCAAGGGGAAUACAAUUCAAGUGGAAAAUGAAAUAGAAUUUUUAUGGAAAAGUGAAGAAAAAUCUUGCAACCUGGCUGCAUAAGUGUGCACAUUAUUUUAUAUUAGGGCAGUGUUCAGAAUUAACCAGAGUCAAACUUGUGUUCAAAAGUAAAUAUCAUACACCUGUCAUCAAAAAAGUUAUUCUGAUUAAACCCCAAAAAUCGA